AUGUCGGCUUCAUUUGUUCGGAGUUCUUCCAUUGGGGCUGCUAGCUCUGUUGCUCCCUUUUCCAGAACCAGCACAUUCCCCAGAACUACGCCGAGGCCGACGACAACGGCAACAAGCGUUGCAUCCCAGGACAUCAUCUGUGCCGUUACUACUGCAGAGACAGUUCUGUGUCAGAUAUGUGAUAGCCAGACGUACGUUAAAACGGUCACGAAGAUCGGGGUAUUCGAACCGACUGAGAUACUGUUCGCAACCUCUGCCAAAGAAUCCAAAUUGUUCUACAUCAUACAAGAGAAUAUCCAAGAUACUACGUUUACCUUUAUAGAUCGCAGGUUCUGGUCGGAGAGAGCUGGCCAUGAUUAUGUAGACCGACUCGCCUUCUCCGGGGAUGUCGAACCCAUCAAGAUCGUCCUAGGAGGGAACUAUUAUGCUGCUUGCUGCUUUGCUGCGGUCUUAAAGUAUGUCGAGCUGGAGCUGAAUAGAACCUUUACUUGUCAUUCGCUUCGUAUUAGGUUUGAGCCUUCUCAAGGGUCCAUGUCAAUUGAUCUAUCCACCAUUGUCUCCUUGGAGUUGAUACAGAACAUACACAACGCGAAAUCGAAGGAUAGUCUGUACGGACUGCUCAAUGAGACCCUGACCCCUAUGGGUGCAAGGCUUCUCAGAGCCAACAUCCUUCAGCCUUCAACAGAAGAACCCAAGCUGCAAGCACGAUACGACGCUGUCGAGGAUCUGUCUACAAAGGAAGACAUGUUUGUCUCGGUGAGACAAGCUCUCAAAGGCUUUGUUGAUGCGGACAAGGUCCUUACUUCUCUUAUUCUUGUGCCCAAUAAACGAGCCUUCCAAUACGUUGAACAGUCUGUCAACAAUGUUAUAAUGGUCAAGACAUAUGUUGGGGCAAUCAACUCGGUUUACAAGGCACUUACGGCAGCUCAGAGCAGUCUUUUAACAACCAUAAGAGAACUAUGUGCCCCGGCAGGCCACCGGGCUGUUCAGCAGAUGAUUGAAGAAACUCUCAACGAGCAUGUUACAUACCAAACCCGGCCACUUGAUCUCCGAAACCAGCGCAUCUACUGUGUCCGGGCUGGUGUGAACAGCCUUCUCGACGUCGCACGACAGACAUACAAAGAAGCUAAUACAGAUGCCGCUGAUCUGGUAGCAGAGCUAGCAGAAACGCACAGUAUAGCCCUUGACCUGAAGUUCGACAGAGCUCGCCAAUACUACAUUAGUCUCCCAGCUGCAGCUCUCGAAUCCUUGCCAGACGUCUUCAUCAACGUCUAUCGCAAAAAGAACCGUAUAGAGUGUCAGACACUAGACCUCGUCAAGCUCAAUCAGAAGAUCACAGAUGCCCACAAUGAAGUCAUCAACAUGAGCGACGAAACCGUGCAGGAACUGAUCCACGACAUUUGCUCAGAGAUCUCAGGACUCUUCAAAGUAAGCGAAGCCAUCGCCAUGCUUGACAUGCUAGCAGCACUUGCCCAAUCAGCAACAUCGCACGACUACAUCCGGCCUGAACUGACAGACACUCUCGCAAUUAAAUCCGGACGUCACCCGAUCCGCGAGAAGAUACACACCAAGAAAUUCAUCCCCAAUGAUGCCUACGCAACGCAACAGUCCCGCUUCCAGAUCAUCACAGGCUGCAACAUGAGCGGGAAAUCCACCUACAUCCGCGCCCUAGCGCUGAUGACCGUAAUGGCACAAAUAGGCUGUUUCAUCCCAGCAGAAUACGCUUCAUUCCCCAUCGUCCACCAACUAUUCGCACGAGUCUCCACAUCCGACGACCUCGAAGCAAACGUGUCUACCUUCGCCGCCGAAAUGCGCGAAAUGGCCUUCAUCCUCCGCAAUAUCGAACCGCGCAGCAUGGUCAUCGUCGACGAACUAGGUCGCGGCACCAGCACGACAGACGGCCUCGCCAUCGCCAUCGCCAUCGCAGAAGCCCUCGUAGAAAGCCACGCGUUAGUCUGGUUCGUGACCCAUUUCCGGGAUCUCGCACUGAUAAUGGGCGAGCGCAAUGGCGUCGUGAGCCUCCAUCUCGCAGCAGAAGUAUCCCCCGAUGCUUCGAAGAUGACCAUGCUCUAUAAGAUAGCCGAAGGCCCCGAUACGAACCAAUUUUACGGCCUCGCCCUAGCAAAGCUCGUAGAUCUUCCCCCAGGUGUCCUCGAAACCGCUCAACAAGUAUCAGAGAAACUCAACCAGCUCGCUAAACGCCGACACAGCAAGUCCAAAGCCCUGGCAGUGACUCGUAGACGGAAUCUGAUUCUCUCUCUAAAAGAACAACUCCUUCUAGUCCGCAACGGAACUAUGGAAGGCGAGACCCUUCGGAAAUGGUUGAAGCGACUGCAGGAUGACUUCGCCUUGAGUAUGGCUGCUAUCGACGAGGCCGCGGCAUGUGCCAGCGACGAAGAUACACCGGUACCCGGGGAAGUGUAUGAAAGCACUAGUUCUACCGGGAACCUGCUCUUCGAUGAUGAAGGACCCGAGGUCCAUCAUAGCUCCGAACUGGGAGAAUCUCUGGCGCAAGAUGCUGGAGAUCAGCUCGUCAUUUCUGAGCCAGAGGACCCGCUCAACGAAUCCAGUUACUGUAUAUCACGACCAUUCGCUCCUCCCUCUGAUGUCCCUGAAGGGGAUAUAUAUGGACUUGCCGCGUCACGUUCUGAGCAUGACGAUGAUAAAUCUACAACUGACGAGCAGGAUAUCGCUUCCUCCAUGGAUAAAGACUCCUGA